CAUUAUUAUUUUCAGUGAAGUUUGAUUUGUUUUAAACAUGGAUUAUGUUGAUUAUAUUGACUAUUUAUUAGAUGCACCAAUUGAGCGUGUUGUUCGUGAUAGGAGAGAUCCCUUUGACAUUUACUCCAACAUUGAGUUUCGAGAACGAUUUGGUUUUUCUAAAGAUUCUUUCUUAUCUCUUCUCGAUUUGAUAGGGCCUUACCUUGAACAUGAUACAGACAGGAACUUUGCAUUGUCACCACAACUUCAGCUUCUUUGUAGUUUAAGGAUAUUUCGUACUGGUUCUUACCAGUUAGUUGCUGGUGACUUGAUAAAUGUACAUAGAACAACAGCUGGUAGAGCUUUAAAUAAUGUAAUAAACGGUUUGCUUACCUUGAAACCGCUAUACAUUACCAUGCCCAGCACUCAAGAGCAAUGUGGUGAAAAAAGCGAGCCUUUUAUAGAUGAAAGGUUAUUUUCUAUUAAUGCUCAAUUUAUAUGUGAUGCUGAUAUGAAAAUAAAGAAUGUUGUAAGUCGAUGGCCAGGUUCGACCCACGAUGCUAGGAUUUGA